AUAUACUUUAUUUCCUGUCCUACGUGCUACUAGACUGACCCAUGCUGUCAGGUAGAUAGCAGUUUCAAAUUGUAUUCUUUCGCCGAAACUGUUAUAUAUUGUACUUUUUUUAAGACAACAGGAUGCAGAUAUGUAAUGUGUGCAGCGAACAGUCACCAAAAUACAGAUGUCCAGUCUGCAAAAUAAGAUAUUGUUCCCUUGGUUGUUACAAGCGACAUAAAGCAGACACAUGCCUGCCUGUUGUACAGAUGACAUCAGCUCUUCCUGAAGCGAGGGGCACUUUGAACACUGAGCCUUGGAGCGUUGACGAUAUUCUGCAAGAGGACAUCAUUGACAAAGUGCCUCUGCAAAGGCUCCAGCAAUUAGGUCAGUCAAAGGAGCUGAGAGAUCUCCUUUGUAACCCCCAUCUGAGAGAGUUAUUGCGUUCUGUUGACAGAGCAGACGGCAAAGAUGACGCAAUAAAGACUGCGAUGCAGGAGCCUCUAUUUGUUGAGUUUGCGGAUCGGUGUUUGAAAAUUGCAGAAAAUGAACCUCGGUCAUUAAUGUCCGAUGACGAGGAUCUCUAAUGUUAAGAUUUUCAGAUACUUUUUGAGAACUAUUUUUGCAGCAGGCAAUGUUUUUUUCUCUUUAUACAAAAUGUCUAUAGAACAAGCCACACUGUCAUGUAAGAGUAUGGCUGCUGGAAUUUCUGUUGUGUCCUAUUAUGUUGCAAUAUGUACAGUGUAUAACUUUUAAAUAAAUGUUCAACCAAAAUGGAA